AUGAAGACGCAACGUGUGCGCCGGCGCAAACUGCGCUUUGGCACUGCAAAAGCAGACGCGGCCCCCAGUGCGACUGUGGACCGCGCCUCGAAGCACCCCGAUAAGCGACGAAAGCGCCAGCUGCGCUCGCGUCGAGCACCUGCUCGUCUCAGAAGCACGGUUCGAUGCUCUCCAUUGGAUCGAGCUGAGGGGACGUGGAGCCACAUUCAAGAGCAGUUCACUGCAGCAAAGAGCUUGGGGGAAAUCACGCGCAUUGUGUUGCGGUUCUUCAUGGAGCACGAGGAUCUGCAGAACUCUGUGUCCGGCGCUGUGUUCCCGAUCGUCGUUCCGUCGAGUGAAAUCUACAAGAUGAAGGUGCCCAGAAAGAGACGGAUCUAUGACGUUUUGCACGUGCUGGAAGGCAUCGGAGUGAUUAAACGCGUUCGCUGUGGCGAAACGCGAAAGAAUAAAGGCGGCUACUUCCUGUACUUCGGGAAGACUGCAGUCGUGCGGCGUCUAGCAGAGAUGAAGGACGUGUCUGCUCAAGCGGUGAAAACGUUUCGGCAGUCCUGCCGUCCAAAGAUACUCAAUAGAGUAGGAGAAGACUGCGCCGUCGUAAAGGUUUUCGAAACACAGGCAGCAGUGGAGAAAUGGCCGUGUUUGGUAACGACGACGGUUUGCUUCCUGGGUCUGCUAUUUCAGCAAGAUUAUCAGAUGGGCGUGACAUUGCCGGCUGUCAGCAGCCGUCUCAUUGAAGCGAAGAAGCUGUUCGCUGUAAUGGAGCCGAGCUCACCAUGGAUAGAGACUCCGUACAAUGAUGUGCACCGCCGUGUGUACGAUGUCAUGGCGGUGUUGGUAAGCUGUAAUAUGAUCGACACCUCGCUUGGACUAUCGUAUGAUCUGCGCGACAAAUGCUUUCCCCGAAAGCAUGCCCGAUUUAAUUACAACAUUUUUACAAAUCCGAGGGUGUUAUUUGCCUUCCAAGAUCCUGGAUUGCACAAGAGAGAUGACUCCACGUGCGAAUCGAAGUUUGAUAUAAGGGACAAUAGUGUUUUUUGUAGCCCGGUGCCGAUUGAAGUGGAAGAUCGCUUGGUAUCUCCGCCAUCGGCGUACUGGCGAAGUGUACAGGUUAACACAACGUUGGCUAUUUCACCCAUUUUCGCACCAUCAGUUGAUGAAAUAUCGGAUGGAAGAAGCAACAGCGAGAUGGCAAAUUGGAAAAUGCUUGAUUACGGUGCAAGUACACAAGUGACUCUGCAGUUUGGGGCAACCUCACCAUCAGUGCAGUCUGAAAGCGUCACAAAGUGCCGAUCAGAAGGGCAAUCAGCACCCCGCAUUCAGGACUUGUUCUCUCCCCUCGGUAAGGACACGACUGAGAGUAACGAAUGGUAUGAUGAUUCGCUGAAGCAGCUUGGGUGCUACGAUGCUGACCAAAUCGACUGGGACCUCACCAGGCAGCUCAAGGAUACCUGGCAUGAAAGCUGGGGCUCUACUGGUAUAGCUGCAAUUGCGCCUUUCACACCUACACAUGCGUCGGGAUGGCAAUUCCUAAUUGACAAAGUGGAGGUGAAACUGGUGGAUCUCAAGGUCAACAAGGUGGAAGCUGAGGACGUCACAGCACAUUCUACAGACUUCCUUUGCUGA